UCUCGGCUGAGCCCACAACUACGUACUGUAGUGCGUAGGUGUGCCAUGAAGUUAUCCAGAUCUGGUCAUUGCAGUAAACCACUUGUGUACUGGGAAUCGAAGCAUCCCGGCCUUCAAGUCUGAUUGGCCUUUACAACAUGAUGGUAUUUUUGACUCGGGACUUAAACCAUCUCAAGUUCAGGCGAUUUGGUUGCUGCCGCGAAACGGUUUAAUGGGCGAAUUUUGGUGAGAGACCAGAGCUGCAAGGGGCCGCCUUUGGAACACCCACAGUGCCGAUGUCUACACUGUGAUGAAGAAAAAAGCCAGAAUGACUCUGGUACUAAGUUGAACGGGCUCGGCCACGUCUUCUGAUUGAAGUUAUGUGCAAGAUGUGGCAUCCUUCAUAGAACUUCUCACCCCUCCUUUUUCUUGUUUUGUUCUUUUUUCUCACUGUUGCGGACGCUACGGGAUGUAGUUCCUGAGCCCGUUUCCCGCAGUGUUUCAGCCUCUUACGACACAUUCGCCGCCUCUCAUCCCUAUUACACGUCAAGCGCCAUAGAAUAGGGCGGCUGUUACCGUAAAACAAGGGGAGCCCGAAUCAGAAUAAAGCAAAUAUAUAGGGCCAGCCAAAAAAGAUAAUCAUGGCAGACUCGGACUCCAAAAUUAUGGGCGAGGGCCAACUCAGUGAUAUACUCGAAGCCGCCACCUUCGUCCUGCCCACCGGUCCUCUCAGCCCGUCCAUCGUCUUUGGGGACUUCUCCCCUACAUAUAACCUCUCUUGCGUAUCGGGCACCUCAUCUGCGCUGAUAUCCCCGCCCCAAUCCACCGUCGGCACAGACUACAACGACAACGAUCAAGACAUCGAUCAAGACAACGACUACGACGCUGACACGGACGACAACGGUAGCAUCAUGCCCCCAGCCACCAAGAGGCAGCAGCACGAGGGAAGCAGCGGCAACGUGAGCAGCAACAAUAGUAACAAUCACAAGAACCAGAUACGCCUGCCCAUCAACGUCUUCCUGUACGGCACGCUGGCCGACCCUUACGUGCUCGCCUACUUUGCCCGCCUCCCCGGCCCGCCUCUGCUGACUGACGCCAGCAUAUCUGGCUUCAAGUUGAUGCGCUGGGGCGGCGAUGGCGCCACCACGAUGACCACCACCUCCCACGGCGGGCACCCGACCGUCAUCCCCGGCAACCACGACACCGACGUCGUGCACGGCAAGGUCUGGGUCUGCCAUACCAUGGAGCGCUUCCGCCUGCUGCAGCGCUACAAGACGAGCAUGUACUCGCACACCCCUUGCUCCAUCGAGGUGCACAACGGCCCCGCCGUCGGCCGCAUAGUCCCAGGCCGCACGUUUUGCUGGCCCGCAUCCAGGGGACUAGAAGGCCUCGAGCCCGUCAAGGGCACCACCGGCGGCCGUUGGGACCUGUCAGAGUACCACCGGUCCGACACGUACCGCAUGAUCCGCGAGGCCACGAUAUGGGUCGACACGGCCGAGACUGAGGUCAAGCACCGGGAACGCGGUCGGCAACAUCCGCCCAGGCUGCCGCUGUAUAGUAGCUAGAGCCAACGGCGUGAAGAAAAGGGUGUGUCGUUGACUGGGGGUGAGAGACGAUGUUGUAAGAUCACAGUGGUUCGGUUCCGAAACAGGGUGUACCUUUUUGGGCGUGGACUAGAGUUGAGUUUUCUAUCCCCGGUCAUUUGACUAUC